UAGUCACCAAGCCCAUUGUGCCUUCCCACAGCUUGGUGCGAGGCAAUUGGCAACAACACUUUCCAAUUCGCUUCAAGUCCGACGUUUGCUCUUCCACAACUCGCAACAAAUGCCGCAGAACGAGGUGGAGACGCUUGAGGCAGCGCUCAGGUUCAUCGCACAGUAUGAGCUGUCGACGGACGAAGAAACUUCUGAGACCAAUGCCGUGAACGUCACUUCCGCCUUCCAGCACUCGCACAAACUCAACAAGGCGCACUCGCUCGAAAUACCGGAGCGCCGCUCUUUCAAACACUCGCACUCGCUUGAAAUCCCGCAAGACAGUGAAGAUGCGCUUGAUCCCGACAUCCAUGCGGCCGAAGCAUUCCUCGAGGACAUGAAGCUCGAGCCUGAGUUAUUCGACCCCACACCACCAAAUCAGAGCGAAAUGCAAGGCUUCCUGCAUCCAACGCUGAACACGAUAGAUGCCAGUGCUCUGAAAGCUCCACCUUCGCAGCCGCGGCGUCGGCUGUCGAAGAAGGAGGAGCUGCGUGAGCUAAGAGAUACCGUGACUGAACUGUCCCAACAACUGGACCAACUGCAGGCGUCGUCGACACCGAACUCACCUGCAGAAGAGGAUGUACACGUAGGUUCGAUCCUGUCUCAAUCAGAGUCACUAUGGCAACAGGUCGCAGCCAGACAACUUUUACUACGCCAACAAUCGGAGGAGACAAACGCACAAUUACGAAAGGCAGUGGAAACGAGAAUACGCCAGACCAAGAACCUCAAGCGCAUGUUAAGUCGCCGCAACGACUCAGAGACUCUGGAACUCAUUGGGCUUAAGCGCCGCAAGCAAAUAUACGUGACUGGACCACCGCCAACAGACAACGCGGAAGUGUUUGCCAAACUGCUAGAGGGAACGGACGAGAUGUAUGCGAGUUUGGACGAAUUGUACAUCCAACAUGGAAUGUCUGAAAUACCGUGUCCAGGACGGAAACGCCAGGUACAACGAGAUGCCGUAAAUGGCGCGAUCGUUGUGCUACUCGAUAAGAACAAGGUCCCGUUUGAUCUGGAGAAGACAAAGAAUGCUGUGUGGAAGUUGCUCAGCGGCCGUCACCGCAAAGACAGCCCGUACAUUCAGGGAACGAUCGACUGGGAGAGCCAAUUGCAUGGUGAUAUCGUCACCAGCUACGUGUCCUUCACGUGCGUCGCUGGGACAGUCUCCGCUCUACUUCAGGUUCGCGAAGUGGCACGCAAAUUCAUCACCGAAGACCGCGCGACGUUCAUCACUCGCUCGAUCAUGGAGCCCACGCCGACAGGAGAAACCGGUAGAAUAGGAUUGAAGUUUAACGAGACCAUGACGGUCGUGGUGCGACGAGGUGAGCCGCUGUCUUCCGGCCAGGAAACCUCCAUCAUUGAAAGUUAUCUCUGCGCCACUCGGCAUGAUGAAGGUACAGCCGCGGCUCGUAAAUUUCGAGGGGAGGUAUACGUAGACAUCGCUAUUGAAGGCUGGGAACAAUCGUACACGACCAACAACCAGGAGAUCGAGAACUUGCUUUUCGACGAUGCGAUUCAAGUGGGGUAGUGGGCAUAGGCAAUAGAUUUCUAGCUAACGAGCAAUACUUAUGGUUCCGUUUUCUGAAUCACUUUUGAUAAUGU